AUGUCGAGUGUUCCCGUUGCUUUCUUUGGUCUCCAGCCCGACCUUUCCCAGAAGAUCCAAGAGGCCCUUGAACCAGAAUACGAUGGCAAGUGCGCGACCGUUGAGAAAGAGCUAGUCCCCCUCCUUCAGGGCGGCAAGAGCGUGGCUCCGUCGUCGACGCUCGGCAGCAACGCCGGCCGCGCGGCCGCGGACCGCAAGGUCCCUGCCAUCGUUUUCUUUGCGGGCGCUAUUUCGCCCGAGGAUGUGAGCAAGGUAACGGUCAUCGUCAAGAGGGUGGCGCCGGCGGUCCACCUGGUGCAGGCGACGCGAGAAGAGGUUAGGCAGGCAGGAGCAACUGGGCCGGAUCCAGCCAUCAUUGCCAAAGUUCUCAAGCAGAAGUUUACGGAGGCGCUCAAGGCCUAG